GCCGAGCUUCUACUUCCACUUGCCCUUUCUCGUACCACCAAUCCACUCACCCCUCACUACGCAGAGCAAUUGAAACUCUUCUAUCUUUAUUUCUCUUUUUCUUUUGUGAGGAUAAGAACGGUCGUUUGUCACCUUGUACAUAGUCAUUGGGAAUACAUUUUUGCUGGCCAACACAUCAUUACGACUCAAUAUGCGGUCUAUGGUAGCAGCAAGACGAGCAGUCCGCCAAAGCAACUUCUUGCGUCCGACAAACCAGGCUCUGUCCACUACGACAAUUGCGCCUGUGAGCUCUUGUACUCAAUUAAGACGGGUAUCGGAUGUCUCAAAGAGGAUUCCUUUGCCCCGUGUGACCUCAGCUGUUCCGAACGCGAAACGUCAGUUUGCGACAUUGGAGCGAGGGGUUCGUGAGGACGUCAUACUUGCCGAUAAUCUUUAUCAAAACGUCGAUAUCAAAGUGACUAACAAUCAUGUCCAAGUCGACGGAAAGGAAGUUCCCAAUAUCUGGUUGAGAGACAACUGCCAGUGCCACGAAUGUAUCCAUGAAGCUACUCGACAACGUCUCCUUGAUACUUUCAACAUACCCAAGGAUCUUGCAAUUGACUCCGCCGAAGUGGGCACUGACCAAAGCGUCAAUAUCACAUGGAACGACGGCCACCAAAGUGUUCUUCCUGGUUCAUUACUGAGAUCAGUAGCUGGCGAUGCAGAAUCACGAUCUACUAUCCGUCAAGGACUCACGAAGACGAGUCUAUGGGACAGCACGAUAUCAAAGAAUCCACCACUUGUAUCCGCAGCCGACAUCAACCAGGGCACUGGCCUCGAAGACCUUGUCAUCAAGAUCCGCGAGCACGGAUUCUGCUACGUCGAGAUUCCCUCAAGCGAUGGCCGAGACCCGGACUUCCUCCUCCAAACCACGCAAGAUGUGCUCAAGAAGAUCGCCUUCAUCCGCGAGACGCACUACGGCGGCUUCUACGACUUUACCGCGGACCUCGCCUCGGCGGACACCGCGUACACCAACAUCGCGCUCGAAGCCCAUACCGACAACACCUACUUCUCCGACCCGGCGGGACUCCAGGCCUUCCACUUGAUAUCGCACACCGACGGCGAGGGCGGCGCCUCCCUGCUCGUCGAUGGCUUCAAAGCCGCUGCCGACCUGCAGAAACAGGAUCCGAAAGCAUACGACAUUCUCUCUGACGUGAACGUUUACGCCCACGCUUCAGGCAACGAUGGCAUCUCAAUCCAGCCGUACCGCGGAUUCCCCGUGCUCGAGCAUGACCCCGCGACUGGGAGGUUGCUGCGCGUGCGCUGGAACUCGUCCGACCGCGCGGGCAUCGAGCUGCCGAUCGAGAGGGUCGAGGAGUGGUACGAUGCGGCGCGCAAGUUCAACGAUCUGCUGAAGUUGAAGGAGAAUGAGUAUUGGGAGCAGCUUGUCCCGGGCAGGAUUCUGAUCUUUGAUAAUUGGAGGGUUAUGCAUGGGCGCAGUUCGUUCACGGGGAAGAGGAGGAUCUGUGGAGCUUAUAUCAAUCGCGAUGAUUGGCUUUCUAGAUUCAAGAUCGCGAGGUUUGGGCAGGAUGGUGUGCUCAAGGAACUGGGUGUGUAAGACAGAUGUUUGGAUUCGUAUAUACUUGCGUCUGUCUCGAGUCAUGCCAGGCACUCGGGAACCGUCUGAUAGUCCUCACAGUCUCAGCCACUCGUAUCUAAGACUGGUGAAAUCAGAAAACCCUGAUUGGAUGUUUCGCAUCACAUACUCUGCAUAUCAAUACAUGACAAACUUGAGACAAAUAGUCUCAUUA